AGAUUGUUUAUACGAACAGCUGAAAGUAAAAAACAAACACACUAUUGUGUGCUGGAGUCAAAUUUUGGCAAAAAAACUUUGGAUUUGUGCAAAAUUGUUUAAAAUUAUUAUCUGUGUUGUGAAAUACAAUUUAAAAAAAUGUCUGGGAAGACGGUCAUGUACACUCAACUUCAACCGUGGAGUGCGGCCGGUGCGCAGCCAUGCAUGGAACCAUUGAACGGCCCGUUGGUCGGGCAGAAGACCGCGUCAUUUUAUGAUACACCGAGGCCUCACCCAUGGAGGCCGACGCUCGGUUAUGAGACUGUAGAAUUAAAUCCAUUAGGUGCGAACACAAUUACAAAUCAGGUCAUGGAUCCCUGUUUCACCCCCAAAGGCAUGGCGACCGAACCACUCAGGUUUCCCAACCUUGUGACGGGGUUCGACAGAAAUCCAUCCCAUGCAGCUAGAGCUGCCCUUUAUACCAGGUACACUCCGUACGAGUGGUCUCAAGCCUCUAUUUCCAACUAUAAUGAGGCAGAUACUAACAGGAAUUUCUCAGAAAGGCUUAGAUCUGAUGCGAUUCGGAUAAUGAGAAUGACUGAUGAGAAAACUACAGCGGCGCAAAGAGACACAGGACGAAGGUUGGGAGAGCGCCUCACAGACACCGUCUUCUGGCGGAAUGAAGUGGCCAACGAACUUGAGAAGGUUGUUACAGAAUCGAACCUUCUUCAGGACACAAAGCGGUCGGUUGAGAAAGCGCUGCAAGACUGCGAACCGCCUCUGCACAUUGCCCAAGAGUGUCUGUACCACAGGGAACACCGCCAGGGGAUUGACCUCGUACAUGAUCAGCCCGAGCAGUACUUAUUGAAAGAAAUAGAAAAUCUUCAUUCCUGCCGGGAAAAGCUUUUAGAAAUGAAGAAAAAAAUUGAUGAACAGCUACGAUCUAAUAGAGCAUCUCAACAUGAACUCGAGACGGAUGUUAGAUCGAAGGAAUCUGCCCUGGCCAUUGAUAAUGUAUGCCACCAGUUAAAUAAUUUUUCAAGAGGGAUAAACUACUAUGGUGGGAUUGAUAAAUAUGAUAACACGCUUACGACACCUGAGACUUGGUCGGAGAAUUCUAACCGGAUAGCGCUGAGAUCAAAAAAUGAACGCUCGAUCUCCACCCAGUUGAGGUCUGAUGCUGCAAAUCUUAUUAACGCCUGUGCUAACGAGAUUUGGAAUUGCUGGAACGAUACGAAUGCAGCUUUGGCACGUAGGUCAAACGAAGUACUCGAAGUGAAAAACCGGCUUCAACUCCAUCUGCAUAAAGUCCAGCAAGAGAUAUUCGACAUUGAAAAAAGUUUAGAGCUCUUAAGAAAAGCAAUAAUGGAUAAGACAAAUCCAAUGAAAGUCGCACAUACAAGAUUAGAAGCACGAGCUCACCGUAAAGAUAUCGAACUGUGCAAAGAUUUUGCACAAAAUCGGCUCAUACAAGAGGUGCAAGAGAUCGGCGAUACGAUCGAAGUUCUCCACCGAAAGCUGCAAGAGGCAGAGGCCCAACAUCAGCAACUUUUGAUGACCCGGUCGACGCUCGAGGCCGACCUCCACACCAAAGUCAACAGCAUCUUCAUCGACAGGGAGAAAUGUCUUGGGAUGAGAAGAUCCUUUCCGAUCACUGCAGCGGUGUCUUACUAGCCAUUGUGUUCUGUUUUCUAAGAAUAAAUGUAUUAUAGGAGAAA